AGAUCGCCCCUGCGAUCCCUUUACGACCGAUUUCAAUUGGUUCUCAACGAUUCAACAAUUCAUCUAAGUAUCGACAGCAAUGGCUACCGACAAACUCGCCGUCGUCAUCGUCCCAGGAGCCUGGCACGUGGCCGAGCACUACCGACCAAUUGUCGACGAUCUAUCCUCGGCCGGCCACCAGGUGACCGUCUGCGACAUGCCCUCCUGCGACUCCCCCAAACCUCUACGCGGCAUGUCGCAGGACGUCGCCGUAAUACAGAAAGCCAUCCAGUCUUACAUCGACCAGAAUCGCAACGUAGCUCUAAUCAUGCACUCCCUCGGCGGCGUCAUAGGCACCGCAGCGUGCGAGGGCUACCUGCCCAAAGACCAAAGCAACGGCAAGGGCGUCGUCUCCCUAAUCUACUUGGCUGCCUUCGUCGCCACGGUCGGCGGCUCAUGUUGGAGCGCGAAAGGCGGCGCGCACGCGCCCUGGAUCGACACCACCGGCGAGCCGGGCACCGGGGUGUACAUGUUCCCGCGCAACGACGAGACGUGGGAUCCGCGCGAGGUGUUCUACAACGCGUGCAGCGCGGAGCAGAAGGAGGCGGCGUGGGCGAUGUGUAAGCGAAACCACAGCGAGGACGUGUACCAUGCGACCGUCGACUAUGCGGCGUGGCGGGAGGUGGAGAGCAACUACUUGCUUUGCGAGGUGGACAUCGCUAUUCCGGUAGAAUAUCAGGAAGCCAUGUCUAGCCAUGAGGGGGGGAAAUGGAAGAAUGUGGAGCGGGUGAAGGCUGAUCAUGCACCGUUUCUGAGUCGGCCGGCGGAGACAUUGGCGUUUGUGAGGAGGUGUGUUGGGCAAGGGGUGUAGAUGCCUGCCGGACGUCGUGUGAUGAUGAUGAUGAGAAGAGCCUGGAACAUCUCGGGGAAGUCGGAGCGCUCCAACCCAGCCUUAGGCGCCCCUCGAUCGAGGGCUAAGUCGCUCGCCCCAGCGCAUAAAAUCAAGCUCUCGCGGCGCCAUUACGGCAUGGAUCGGCAACUUGGGGUCAUGGAAUCCCACGUUGCGCCCAUGCUCUCUCUCCCUCUUUCUCCGCAAACCCCGCCUCCCCCAG